UCCACGAUUGCAAAGUAGUACCUGGUAAGGUAACAAGCUAGUUAGCUUGCUAGCUAUGUUGACAUCAGCGGUAUUUCAUAUUUUGCCUUACAAUAUUGUUUAAUAUUCACUAAGAACACUACUUUAGGUAGAUCAGUUCAAUGUAAUUAUAUGAAAAGCGAAUCUACGUUGCGGUACUUCAACGAAAGAAUCUAGCUAAAUUAGCUUGCGAGAGAGCUGGCUUGACAUGUUGCGAUGGAUUCUUGGAGGUCGGGAAUCUCAGGGUGCAGUAGAGAAAAACACAGUCCUGUUCAUUGGGGAGGAACAGCCCAAAAACUCUUACACGGAGCUGCAGGUGCUUAAAGGACACUUUGACAUCGUUCGAUUUCUGGUGCAGAUUGAUGACUUCAGGUUUGCGUCUGCUGGAGAUGACGGGCUGGUGCUGGUAUGGAACGUUCAGACAGGGGAGCGUCUGCAGGAGCUGCGCGGCCACUCCCAGCAGGUCACCGCCAUGACGGCCUACAGCUGGAGCGGCGGGAGCGCCGCCCACGCCGCCCUCAUCACCGCCUCCUCUGACAGGACCCUCAGCCUGUGGGACCCAGAGACGGGGAAUCGGGUACAGACUGUCUCUGACCUUCAGUCCUCUGCCAAGUGCCUCCUUGUGUUGGACCGCCUUGACUUGUGGAUAUCUGGAGGGAACGAGCUGUGUGUGUGGAACAGGGACUUCCACCUCCUGUGUAAGACGGAUCACCACAGCGACGCAGGAAAUACUGCCAUGGUCGAGCUGCCCAAGAACUGCAUAGCAGCUGCUGUGGACAAAGACAUCGUGAUUUACAGACUGUGCGUGACGUCAUCCAAAAUGGACACAUCCAUCGCAGAGAUUCGCAGGCUGACGGACCAUCACGACAGCAUCCGAGCUCUCAUCACCGUCAGCGACCAGAUGUUUGCCAGCGGCUCCCACGUUGGGGAGCUGAUUGUGUGGGACUCCCUGGACUGGACCAUCCGGGCCUACGAACGCAUUCUGUGGGACGAGCCGCACCCCGACGGCCAGACAGAGAUCAAGCUGGGCUCCCAGAAGCAGAGCGAGAUGUCCGUCCAGCACCUGGCCUCGGACGGAGAGUGCAUCGUCGCUGCUGUUGGAAGCGGGUUGUACCUGUACAACGUGUCCUCGAGGAGCGUGGUCGCCUACAGGAAGGCCGCCCACGACUCCAGCGUCCUGCACACCAUGCUUCUUCCUGAGGGCCAGCUGAUGUCCUGCUCUGCCGACGGCAGCGUGAGGAUGUGGGAACUCCAGGACCUCCCCUUACCUGCAGAGCCUGCCUCCGCAGGCUUUUUCGGGAUGUGGACUUUUGGGAGGGCGAGUAAGCACGCCAGCCAGCAGGCGAAGAAGGUUCCGGAAGUCCCGGGGCUGCGCACCCUGGAGCUGACGGGGGACCUCAUCGGACACUCGGGAGCCGUGCAGAUGUUUGUGAACUUCGGGGACGCGGGGCUGGUGACGUGCUCUGCGGACCACCUCGUCAUCGUGUGGAAGAACGGAGAGAGAGAGUCCAGAGCCCGGAGCCUGGCCCUGUUCCACAAGCUGGAGCAGAACCAGGGCCUGUGACCUGCCCAUCGGCGUACCUCCGUCAUUUCCACAGCCUUGAUUUUAGGCCUUAUUUAUUGGUACGGCGUGUAGUAUUUUAAAUACUGUUUUUAUUGUUUUUCUUUUGGGAGGGUGUAAUAUCAUCAACAGAAGUGUUGUGAGAUGCUGAUCAAAGCUUGCUGCCACUUUCUCAGUUUACCUGUCUGACAUUGCUGAUGUUUUCUGACAAAUUUUAAUGUAGCAUUUGUGAAUUGCAUGCCAGGUUUUUAAAACACGAAAUCCUGGAACGUUGGAAUUCUAACGUCCAGAACAGAUUUUUUAAGUUUGAUUUUAAUCUGAUGCACUAAUGUUGUUUCAACAGUAUUUUAAAACUGAAAGUCUGUGCUUGUGUCAGUGGUGUAUGGUGCAUCUGAGUCUCAUGAGUGGGUGCCUAUUUUAAAAAUGGCAGUUGACAUUGUUGCUUUUGAUUUAUUCGUAUAAAAUUAAAGC